CACCGUUGAUUAUGGAAGAUUCCCACAAGAGUAACGGUUCAGAAACAGCACCUCAAGCUGGUUCAGCAGUUCAGGGAGCUCAUAUUUCUCAACAGGUAUCAUCUUUAUCAGAAAAUGAGGAGUCUCAGGACUCAUCUGACAGCAUAGGCUCCUCAAAGAAAGCCCCUGGGAUCCUAGCACUACGCCCAUCCUACAGAAAAAUUUUGAAAGCCCUCUCUUCUGAAGAUACACGAGGCAGAAAAGGAGACGGAGAAAACCCUGGAGCUUCUGCUGUUACUUCUUUUUCCGUGGCAUUGCCUGUGUAUACAAAGGCUCAGUGGCUGUGCAUUGCCAUUACCCCAAAUGGAGCCAUACAGUUGGCCAGUCCAGGCGCAGAUGGAGUACAGGGACUGCAUACGUUGCCCAUGACCAAUUCAGGCAGCGCUCAGCAAGGUACAAUUCUGCAGUACGCGCAGACCUCGGAUGGACAGCAAAUACUUGUGCCCAGCAACCAGGUGGUUGUACAGACGGUCUUGGGAGACAUGCAGACCUACCAGAUCCAGGCCACGCCCUUGGCGACUUCACUGCCACAGGCUGUGGUGAUGACAUCUCCUGUGACGCUGAUGCCUCAGACAACUAAGACAGAUGACCCUCAGUUGAAGAGAGAAAUACGGCUGAUGAAAAACAGAGAGGCUGCUCGAGAAUGUCGCAGGAAGAAGAAGGAAUAUGUGAAAUGCCUGGAGAACCGAGUCGCAGUCCUGGAGAAUCAGAAUAAAACUCUGACAGAAGAGCUAAAGACUUUAAAAGAUCUUUAUUCCCAUAAAAGUGUUUGA